GUCUGUUCACGGUAGAUGGUGUAUUUUAUCGAGCCAGAAACCAAGAUGGUGUCCUUACAGAAUUUACUGUCUCUCGAAGAGCUAAGCGAGAGGAUUAGGGCCGAAAACACAGAAUCGGCUCGAUUGAAUCAAGAGAAAAUGUCGAUCGACAACGAAGUUCCGUUCGUUCGGCAAGGUUCCGGAAGAAGACCUGGUCCACUGCCCCUGCAGCCAAACGGAACCCCCACUAGAAUGAGACAUAACUUUGACCUUGCCGGUAUCAACAUCACCAACUGCUCGACAAACUCCAAACAGGCAGAAAUUGAAGCGAGGCUGCAAGAGAUCAUCAAGCUCACUGGAAUCAUCACAGUUGAUGGGAAGCGAUAUUACAGUAGCAUACACGAUCUAGAGCACCAGGGUGAGCUGGGUUUUGGCUCAUGUGGUCAUGUUGUCAAGAUGAGGCACCCACCCAGCAAUGCCAUAAUUGCAGUCAAGCAAAUGAGGCGAUCGGGCAAUCGCGAAGAGAAUAAGAGGAUCACAAUGGACUUGGAAGUUGUGUUGAAGUCGCACGACUGCCCUUACAUCGUACAGUGCCUGGGUUGCUUCGUGACAGAGUCCGACGUCUGGAUUUGUAUGGAGCUUAUGGCCACCUGCUUCGACAAAUUACUCAAACGACUCAGACAACCCAUCAUCGAGCCAAUUAUUGGAAAAAUCGCCGUUGCCACGGUCAAAGCGUUGCAUUAUCUAAAAGAGACUCACGGGGUGAUCCAUCGUGACGUGAAACCUUCCAAUAUUUUACUCGACGAGAGGGGCAAUGUUAAGCUUUGUGAUUUCGGCAUCUCUGGCUGGCUGGAGGACUCGAAGGCGAAAACACGCAGUGCAGGAUGCGCCGCAUACAUGGCUCCUGAACGAAUCGAACCGCCGGAUCCGUCGCAUCCGGACUACGACAUUCGAGCAGAUGUAUGGUCGCUAGGCAUCACCUUAGUCGAAAUGGCAACGGGGAACUCACCCUACCGCGAUUGCCAGACUGAUUUUGAGGUGCUUGCGCGUGUCGUUCGUGACGAUCCACCACUUCUUUCCCAGUCUCAAGGAUUCAGCCCCGAGCUCUGUUCAUUCGUCCGUGAUUGUUUGACGAAGAACUACAAGCACCGACCAAAGUACAAGAAACUCCUGGAGCAUCCUUUCAUCAAGAAAUAUGAGGCGUUACCGAUUGAAGUGUCAGUUUGGUAUCAGACGGUGAUUCGUCAAAUCGAAAGCAAUCAACUGGUUCGCCAGUCUCCUCAGCGUACCUCACAACGUAUGUACACACCACCGUCACCAAGUUUAAGAAGAGUUACAUCGGAACCGCCUCCAAUUCCGCCACGGACGCCAGAGAGCCAGAGAAAACCAUUAUUAGUACGGCUUGCGUCAGAGCCCGUAGUUGAUGGACUGGAUUUCCAAACCGUCAAUGGUCGAGUGACGGUGGUGGGAACCAAACAAUCACAACAACAGCAGCAGCAGCAGCAACAACAACAGUUCCAGUUCGAUCCUAAGCCACCAGCUGGCAAACCCAGUCCGCCUGUUACAGGUCCAGUAGGGCCAGGGGGUUUCCGUUUUAACCUACCUCUAAGACCCCCAGCGCUUCCACCCCGACCUCCGCCGACGGGCGGAAACCCACAGCAGCAGAGCACUCAGCUUCAGACAUCACCUUCAGAAGAGACACAGCCAUCACUGGGAAUGAGAGGCUUUAACCCGUCGCGCGUGACCAAUCCGCCGACGGAUUUACCCGGUCUACCUCCUCGUCCUCCACCUGCUGGCGCCGAAGCGACUGCAGAUCGAAAUAGCUCGUCUGUAGCUCGGCUGGCCCAGAUGUUUGGCACUCAGCUGUCACCUGCCAGAUCGCCAACAACUACCGGUAGAGAUCCCAACGAGAUCUUCAAUUUGCCACCCAACAGACGUCCAGCUGAUUCCCCUCCUGUCAUCCCUCCGCGCUUGUCGCCAGAGUCUGCCAAUCCGCCUCCGCGUGCUUUCUUUUCCGAAGGACUAUUGGCUAGGAUCAGCCAAGAUCCCUUAUUUUCUCGCUUGUUGAAGCCCAGUUCCAGUUCCGACCAGUCUCACGGACGAAACAACGGACAUCACCAGUCCAGCUCCGAUCAACGGUCAGCGCCUUCCUCCUCGUUAUUCGGCCGUCGCAUUUCUUCCGAAGGCUUAUCACUAAGGAGCAGGUACUCACCUUCGCCUCCGCAACAUCCUCCACCGCAGCCACCCGCUCGCCGGUUGUCUCAAUCAUCCGGGAGCGGUGGAGGCAAUGGUUACGCAAGUGGCGGAGGAGCAGGAUCAGCCUCGGUCCCCGCUUCACCCGUCCUGCAGCCUCGGCAUAUGGGUGAGAAUGUCAAUCCAUUCUCCUCCGGCUACGUUCUGCCACGCCAUUUGACGCCAGAGCCUCAGCGCCGCAGUUUUAGCCAGCGCUUCGAGCUCUAAGCAUAAAGAUUCGUUCACUCCUCUCCUUCCUUAAAAUAAGGUUGUUUUUAUUUUAACCUAAAGUAAAAAAAAAAAAAAAACGAAGAGAAAUUCAGUUAUUUUUCUUUAUUAGGGUUUUAUUUGCAUUAGCCUUGUAGGCCAUAUGACACCGAAAUGGAAUUUUUUGUUCUUUUCAUUUUUAUAGCAGAUUAGCCGUCUGCGCGAAACGGUUGCCAAGAACGCUGUCGAUAGUGCGCGCCAUGGUAUUCUUUCUUUAGUGUUGUGAACAGCGCGCAGCUCCUUUAUUUUUCAAAUUUUUUAUUCGAAAACCUAAUAGUAAUUAAGAUAUACAGGAACAAAAAGGAAAAAAAAAUGGAAAAUAAUCGCCGGUUUUUUUUUUUUUAACUUUGUUUUAACUACUCUUAUUUUCCAUCAGUUAUUUUAAUAAUAAUAAUUUCGAGAUAUAUUAAUUAUUGUAGAGAAUCAACAACAAUAGCCUAUUUAAAAACAAAUUUGAUUUGCGUCCUUACUAUCCCGACAAAUUUUCUUUUCUUUCAUUACCAAAGUUUCCUUUUUUUUUUGCGGCACUUUGUGACGUGCUUAAUUAUUAAUAAGUUAGAGAGAGAAAAAAAGACGACGAUAUAUAUUAUUAUUAGAACGGUUAACGAUAUAAUUUUCCCCUCCAUCUCCCCCCAAGAAAAAGAAAAUUGUGAAAAAAAAAAAAUUAAAUAUCGACGUAUUUUGUUUUGUACAAGUUUUUUUUUUUUCUAAGUUAAAACAAAAAGAAAAAGAGAGCGAGAUAACGAACGAAUGUUUUAUUUUCUCACUUUUGAUUUUUCCAGCAUAGGCAGCCAUCCCCACCCAUGCAAAACAUAACACACACAGCCCCUUUUGGAUUUUAAACUAUUAUUUAAUAAUUAGUGAGUGCCUGUUAAGAGCGAUCCGCAUAUAUUAUUGUUCUGUCACACACUUGUCGAUUGAAAUGUUCUCCCUCUCUUUUGUCAUUUUUUCAGUUAGCCAAUUUCAUCUCGUGUGUGUGUGUAUGUUGUGUAACUCCAAAAAGUUUUAUGUUAUAUGAUUCCUUGUCCUGUUCUAUCAGAUGCUGGGAGGGGAUUAUUCGCAAUUUUCUUUGAUUCUACUCCCCCACCGUAGAAAAGGAAAAAAAAAAAAAAAAAAAAAAAAACGUAGAAGAACUGCACGCGUUCAGUAGCAGCAGACUCGAUUAUCCACAGUUCGAGAUGACAUCCAAAUGAAACAUGCCAUACAACAAUAACAAACACAAAAAAAAAGAAAAAAAAAAGAGAUAAAUAAAAAUAAAAAAAUAAAAGCGAACAAGAGAAA